ACUAAUCUAAUCUAAUUUGCCGUAAAAUUCACUUCCUUCUUCUCCGAUCGCUUCUCUACUUCUCUCUGUGGAACCAUACAAUCAUUCCAUACACUCUAAUCUGUUAUGGAUCAUCGGAAGAUGACGUCGCGGCGCCUGAAUCGCACGGCGGAGGAUGAAAAUCGGGAGGAGACGCAACUGAUUAACCGCCGCAUCCGACGGCUGUCAAUGCACCUAACUCCGGCGACGUUUCCGGACCACUCCGUCCCCGGCCUGGAGAUGCUGACGUGCGCCGCUAGGGCGAAGGUUCUGACGGUGAAUUCCAAGGAGUUGUCGGUGUACCUGAGGGGGAAGCACAGGGACUUGCAGGAGAAGGUGUAUGAGUACUUCAGUUCCAGGCCGGGCCUGCAAACGCCGCUGGAGAUUCUGAAGGAUGAGCACCGGGAAUUGUGCAUGAGACAGCUCUCUGGUUUGGUCCGGGAGGCCGGGGUAAGGCCGCUCAGGUACGUGGUGGAGGAGCCUAGUAAGUAUUUCGCUAUUGUGGAGGCUGUUGGGGCCGUUGACAUAUCUCUUGCCAUCAAAAUGGGUGUUCAGUACAGUCUCUGGGGAGGCUCUAUUCUCAAUCUGGGAACUAAGAAACAUUGGGACAAAUACUUUGAAGGUAUAGACAAUCUGGAGUAUACAGGUUGCUUUGCAAUGACAGAACUUCAUCAUGGUUCAAAUGUUCAAGGCCUUCAGACUGUUGCCACCUAUGAUCAACUUGAGGAUGAAUUCAUUAUAGACACACCUAAUGAUGGGGCUAUUAAAUGGUGGAUUGGUAAUGCUGCAGUUCAUGGAAAAUUUGCAACAGUUUUUGCGAGAUUGAUUUUACCAAGUAAUGAUUCAAAUGGUGUUUCUGACAUGGGUGUUCAUGCAUUCAUUGUUCCAAUAAGGGAUCAGAAGACACACAAAACUCUUCCAGGAGUCGAAAUACAUGAUUGUGGCCAAAAAAUUGGGUUGAAUGGAGUGGACAAUGGUGCAUUAAGAUUCAGGUCAGUGAGAAUUCCCCGGGAUAAUCUCCUUAAUCGUUUUGGAGAUGUGUCACGGGAUGGUAAAUACACAAGCAGCCUUCCUACAAUCAAUAAAAGAUUUGCUGCCACAUUGGGAGAACUUGUAGGAGGAAGAGUGGGGCUUGCAUAUUCCUCAGUUAGUGUCCUUAAACUGGCAGUCACCAUUGCCACCAGAUAUUCUCUUUUACGCCAACAAUUUGGUCCUCCUAAACAGCCUGAAGUCAGUAUACUAGAUUAUCAGUCUCACCAGCACAAGCUUAUGCCAAUGUUGGCUUCAGCUUAUGCAUUCCACUUUGCAUCUUUACAUCUGAUAGAAAAGUAUUCUGAAAUGAAGAAAUCUCAUGAUGAAGACUUGGUGGCAGAUGUCCAUGCUCUAUCAGCAGGGCUUAAAGCAUAUGUCACUUCAUACACUGCAAAGUCGUUGAACACAUGCAGAGAAUCCUGUGGAGGUCAUGGCUAUGCUGCUGUUAAUCGGUUUGGUGAUUUGAGGAAUGACCAUGACAUAUUUCAAACAUUUGAAGGGGACAACACAGUCCUUCUACAGCAGGUAGCAGGAUUUCUUUUGAAGCAGUAUAGGGAGAAGUUCAAAGGUGGGACACUUGCAGUUACAUGGAACUAUUUAAGACAGUCGAUGAAUUCUUAUCUCUCUCAGCCUAACCCAGUAACUGCUAGGUGGGAAAGUGAAGACCAUUUGCGAGAUCCAAACUUCCAGUUGGAUGCUUUUAGGUAUCGUACAUCACGAUUGCUUCAAGGUGUCUCUGUUCGACUUCAGAAGCACUUGAAGACCCUGGGGGGCUUUGGUGCUUGGAAUAGAUGCUUAAAUCAUCUGUUGACGCUCGCAGAGUCCCACAUUGAGUCCUUCAUCCUUGAAAACUUCAUUGAAGCCAUAAAACGUUGUCCUAAUGCCAACUCUCGUGCUGCCCUGAAACUCGUCUGCGACCUUUAUGCCUUGGAUCGAAUCUGGAAUGACAUAGGAACUUAUCGCAAUGUGGAUUACCUGGCUCCUAACAAAGCUAAGGCAGUUCAAAAGUUGAUGGAAUAUCUGUGUUUCCAAGUUAGGAAUAUCGCAAAGGAGCUCAUAGAUGGCUUUGAUAUACCCGAGUAUGUUAUACGUGCUCCAAUCGCUUUGCAGGAUGCAGAAGAAGCGUACUCACAGUAUGCUCACAAUGCUGGAUUCUAGAUGUCCCAUACAAGGCUAUCACCAUACAUCCUCAGACAGUUUUACAACCCUAAUUUGUGCCGAGUGUCUGGAUGAAAUGAAAACUUUACUUGUAUAGAAAGAUGUGUAUCAUUUAGCAUUAAUAUGAAAUAGUGUUCUGUUCCACAAAUCACAACCAUCCAUUCCUCACUAAGAUCAUAUCCUAUGCAUGAAAAAGCUUCCUGUACUUUGAUUUA